AUGCGAAUUCUUCACAUGAACAAAGGAGACGGUGAAACGAGUUAUGCCAAGAACUCCACCGUUCAGAGCAACAUAAUAUCUCUAGGCAGAAGAGUAAUGGACGAAGCCUUGAAGAAGCUAAUGAUAAGCAAUUCGGAAAUUUCGAGCAUUGGAAUCGCCGACCUAGGUUGCUCCUCCGGUCCCAACAGUCUCUUGUCCAUCUCCAACAUCGUUGACACAAUCCACAACUUGUGUCCUGAUCUCGAUCGUCCACUCCCUGAGCUCAGAGUCUCUCUCAACGACCUCCCUAGCAAUGACUUUAACUACAUAUUUGCUUCUUUGCCGGAGUUUUAUGACCGGCUUAAUAAGAGAGAGAAGGACGGUUUAGGCUUCGAUCGCAGAGGAGGAGAAUCGUGUUUUGUGUCGGCGGUCCCUGGCUCUUUCUACGGACGUUUGUUUCCUCGCCGGAGCCUUCACUUUGUUCACUCUUCUUCAAGUUUACAUUGGUUGUCUCAGGUUCCAUGUGGUGAUGUGGAGAAGGAAGAUGGGGUGGCCAUAACUGCUGAUUUAGACAACAGAGGAAAAAUAUACAUAUCAAAGACAAGUCCUAUGAGUGCACAUAAAGCCUAUGCUCUUCAAUUCCAAACUGAUUUCGCCAUGUUUCUGAGGUCGCGAUCUGAAGAGUUGGUCCAUGGAGGCCGCAUGGUUUUAUCGUUCCUCGGUAGAAGCACGCCGGAUCCUACAACCGAAGAGAGUUGCUAUCAAUGGGAACUCCUAGCUCAAGCUCUUAUGUCCAUGGCAAAUGAGGGUAGCAUCGAAAAAGAGAAGAUAGAUGCAUUCAACGCUCCUUACUAUGCUGCGAGCUCUGAAGAGCUGAAAAUGGUUAUAGAGAAAGAGGGUUCUUUUUCGAUCGAUCGACUUGAGAUAAGUGCGGUUGAUUGGGAAGGUGGGAGUAUCGGUGAUGAGAGUUAUGAACUACUACGAUCCAAACCUGAAGCCCUAGCUAGUGGACGAAGAGUGGCUAGUACCAUACGAGCCGUGGUUGAGUCGAUGCUAGAGCCUACGUUCGGUGAAAGUGUGAUGGACGAGCUAUUUGAAAGGUAUGCAAAGAUUGUGGGAGAGUACUUCUAUGAGAGUUCGCCUCGAUACGCCAUUUUUAACGUUUCACUCGUUAGAACGGGUUGA